UUUUGCUUAACCUAAUCCGAGCCUCAGUGUUCCCUCCUCUCCUUCCUCACCCUGCUUGCAGCACUCGCUUCCUCCUGCAGCGCCUCAAGCCUGAGAAGAGAAAAAACGGAUUGAACUGUUCCCUGAGUCGGCACCAUGCUGAAGGUGGUGGUCGAGUGCGCUAAAGCAAUCCCCAAAAAGACACUCGGCAACCCGGACCCCAUCACCGCAGUCCUCUUUAAAGGUGAAAAAAAGAAAACCAAAGCUAUCCCAAGUGAGUUAAAUCCUGUGUGGAAUGAGAUUCUUGAGUUCGAUUUAAAGGGUUCGCCUCUGGACUCUUCUUCAUUCAUCGAUGUGGUGGUUAAAGACUAUGAGACCAUCGGCAAGGACAAAUUUAUUGGCUCUGCAAAAAUCUCUCUGCGGGAUUUGGCCGGUGGUCAGACCAAGUCUCUGCCUUCAAGGAAUGUCCCUCUUGCCAAUGAGAAGAAGCAAGAUAUCGGGGCAACUAUAAGUUUAGUAAUUACAUAUGAGCCUCCUGCCAGUGCCAUUCCUAAUCCAAAUGCACAAGUCGAUGGAGAUGCCAGUGCUGGAGAAACAGGUGUUUCUUCUGCUGGAAACGAAGGUGGUGAUGAAGAAACUACAGAUUGGGGAGGUCCACGGGCUCCGGGAGAGACAUCCGCACCUGGCCAGCCUGGAAAAACACCCCAAAAGAUGAUCCGCACAGGCCAGAAGAGACAGAAAGCUCUGUCUAACAAACCCCAAGAUUUCCAGAUUCGCAUCCGAGUCAUCGAGGGUCGCCAGUUGCCCGGAAAUAACAUCAAACCAGUGGUCAAAGUUAGCGUUUGUGGACAGACCCACAGGACAAGGAUCAGGAGAGGAAACAAUCCUUUUUUUGAUGAGAUCUUUUUCUACAACAUGAACAUGCUGCCCUCAGAGCUUUUAGAUGAGAACAUCUACAUUCGGGUUUAUAACUCAUCCUCACUGAGAUCGGACAGUCUUUUGGGGGAGUUCAAGCUGGAUGUUGGCUUUAUCUAUGAUGAGCCUGCUCAUGCCAUAAUGAAGAAGUGGCUACUGCUGAGUGAUCCAGAUGACUCCAGCGCUGGAGCUCGAGGUUACCUGAAAGUUAACAUGAUCAUUGUGGGAACUGGAGAUGAGCCGCCGGCGGAAAAGAAAGAAUACAACGAGGAGCAGGAUGAUAUUGAGAGCAACUUACUGCUGCCUGCUGGCGUCACAAUGCGCUCAGCGAUACUCUCUCUCAAAGUGUACCGUGCAGAGGACAUGCCACAGAUGGAUGAUGCUUUUGCACAGACUGUCAAGAGCAUUUUUGGAGGAGAGGGUGACAAGAAAAACCUUGUGGAUCCAUUUUUGGAAGUUAGUUUUGCAGGCAAAAAGCUGUGCACAAAGAUAAUUGAGAAGAAUGCAAAUCCGGAGUGGAACCAGCUGAUACAGCUCAUGGUUAAGUUCCCAUCAAUGUGUGAACGUAUCAAGCUUACUAUGUUUGACUGGGAUCGCUUUACAAGCAAUGAUACUGUAGGAACCACAUACUUAAACCUGUCCAAAAUAUCAUCAUCUGGAGGUGAAAUAGAAGCUGGGUCGCUUAAUGAAAAUGGGCUUCCAGGAUCUGAUGUAGACAGAAAUGGGACUGAGGUUGGCUUCCUUCCAGCCUUUGGUCCUUGUUACCUAAACCUUUAUGGAAGUACAAGGGAAUUCUCUGACCUUCCUGACCCAUAUGUGGAGCUCAAUUUGGGACAGGGUGAGGGGGUAGCCUACAGGGGCAGAGUUCUCAUUGAACUUUCUACUCGGCUGGAUGACAAGAUUGACAAGAAAGUGGAUGACCUCAACAAUGAUGAUGUCCUAGUAGCACAGAAGUACCAGCGGAAGAGGAAGUUCUCCCUGUGUGCAGUGCUCCACAGCGCGUGCAUGCUUCAGGAACCUGGUGAGCCCAUUCAGUUUGAGAUCAGCAUCGGCAACUAUGGCAACAAGAUGGAUUCAACAUGCAAACCCCUGGCCUCCACCACCCAGUACAGCUGUGCUGUGUUUGAUGGAAAUCACUACUACUACUUGCCCUGGGCUGACACUAAGCCGGUUGUUAUCCUCAAUUCCUUCUGGGAGGAUAUCAGCCAUCGUUUGGAUUCAGUGAACAUUAUACUCUUUAUUGCUGAUAGACUGCAAGCCAACAUUACCACACUGAAGACGGCCAUACUGGCUAAAGUUACUGAGACACGACUAGCUGAGAUCUGGCUGAAACUCAUCACUCAGCUCAUCGAAGACCUCACCAAUUACCGGUUGCCAGACAUGGAGGCCAAGCCUAACGUGACAGCACUGGAUGUUCAAAUCAAAAAGCUACGAGACAAAACCGUCAUCAACAUUAGAGAUGCCGCCUGCCACAUGAGGGAUGAGGCUACUGACGUUAAAGCCACACUUACUGACAUAGAGGAUUGGUUAGACCGCCUACAGCAGAUUACAGAGGAGCCUCAGAACAGCAUGCCUGAUAUCAUUAUUUGGAUGCUGAGAGGAGAGAAGCGUCUGGCUUAUGCACGCAUCCCAGCCAAUGAGGUCCUCUUCUCCACCCAUAGCGAAGAAGCUACUGGAAAAUACUGUGGCAAGACACAGACCAUCUUCAUGAAGUACCCAAUGGACAAAAAUAAAGGGGUGAAGAUUCCUGUGCAGCUGCGUUUGAACAUGUGGUUGGGACUGUCAGCUCACGAGAAGAAGUUCAACAGCUUUGCAGAAGGAACAUUCAGUGUCUAUGCUGAAAUGUAUGAAAACCAGGCCCAAGUUUUUGGAAAGUGGGGAACUACAGGCCUGGUCGGCCGCCACAGGUUCUCUGACGUGACAGGGAAGGUUAAGCUGAAACAGGAGUAUUUCCUGCCUCCACGUGGCUGGGAAUGGGAGGGUGACUGGUACGUCGACCCUGAAAACUGUCUGCUGACAGAGGCUGAUGCAGGGCACACAGAGUUCACGGAUGAAGUAUAUGAAAAUGAGAGUCGUUACCCUGGUGGCGAGUGGAAGCCAGCAACCGAAAACUACACCGAUGUGAAUGGAGAGAAAGCCCAGAAACCCAGCGAGAUUGAAUGUCCCCCAGGCUGGAAGGUGAUUCAGGACUGGAGCUUUGACAGCAACAGGGCUGUGGAUGAGAAAGGUUGGGAGUAUGGCAUCACUAUUCCUCCAGGUGAUAAGCCCAGCUCCUGGGUAGCAGCAGAAAAAAUGUACCAUGUCCAUCGCAGGAAAAGACUGAUCCGACUCCGAAAGAAGAUAGCAAACGCCCCUGCCUCAGAGAAGAAAGAGGCAGGUGAUGGCUGGGAAUAUUCCUCUCUGAUUGGCUGGAAGUUUCACAGGAAGGAACGUUCAUCAGAUACGUUUCGGCGCAGACGUUGGAGGAGAAAGAUGGCCCCAUCUGACCGAGUGGGCGCAUCAGCCAUAUUCCAACUAGAGGGGGCUAUGGGGGGGGAAGUCGAUGAGAAAGAUAGCAAAAAAGAGGCAGCCAAGCUUUUCGGUGCCAACACGCCGACUGUUUCCUGCAACUUCAGCAGGUCGUACAUGUACCACCUCAGAGUGUAUGUUUAUCAAGCGCGGAACCUUCUUCCCAUGGACAAAGACAGCUUUUCGGAUCCCUACUGCCACGUAUCCUUUCUCCAUGUCAGCAAGACCACAGAGAUCAUUAAAGCCAACCUCAACCCCACAUUUGACCAGACACUCAUCUUUAAUGACAUUGAAAUCUAUGGAGACCCACAGACUGUUGCUCAGAAUCCACCCAGCAUUGUCCUGGAGCUUUUUGAUAGUGACCAAGUGGGGAAGGAUGAAGCCAUGGGCAGGUGCACAUGUCCCCCAGUAGUAAAACUAAACCCCAGCACACCGCUGAGCCCAAAGCUGCUCUGGUUCCCCAUCACCAUGAAGGGCCGAAGUGCUGGACAAAUGCUAGUGGCAGCCGAGCUCUUGCUGAAAGAUAGAGCAGCUGAGACUGAACUGCCACUUGUGCCACCCAGAAGAGGAGAAAAUCUGUACAUGGUGCCUCAGGGGAUCAGGCCAGUGGUGCAACUCACUGCUAUUGAGAUCUUGGCCUGGGGUUUGCGUAACAUGAAGGCGUAUCAGCUUGCCGCUGUUUCCUCCCCCAGUCUCAUUGUGGAAUGUGGUGGGCAGAUUGUACAGACGACUGUCAUCAAAAACAUCAAGAAAAACCCAAACUUCCCUGGAUCAGUUCUAUUCCUCAAAGUGCUUCUUCCCAAAGAAGAGAUGUACACUCCACCCAUAGUGCUGAAAGUGAUAGACCACAGGCCCUUCGGCAGGAAACCUAUCGUUGGCCAGUGCACUAUAGACUCUCUGGAAGAGUAUAGGUGUGAUCCCAACAUGGGCACCUCUGAAGUAUCUCGGACUGCAAGAGUGUCCAUGAUGGUAGCAACCUCUAGAGAUGUGAUCAUUAACAUAGAAGACAAAAUACCAAUCGUACACAGUCAGCCAGCUGAAAAGGUGGAUGAAGCUGUGGACUGGUGGAGUAAAUUCUAUGCCUCUAUUGGAGAACAUGAGAAGUAUGGCCCGUAUCUCCAAAAAGGUUAUUCCACCCUAACAGUUUAUGAGACUGAACUUGAGAGCGUAUUCCAUGGCCUGACAGACUUCUGUAACACAUUUAAACUGUACAGAGGAAAGAGUGAUGAUGGUGAAGAGGAUCCUUCUGUAGUGGGGGAGUUUAAGGGUUCGUUUAGAAUAUAUCCCUUAUCAGAUGACCCGGGUGUCCAAGCUCCUCCUCGGCAAUUCCGAGAGUUACCUGAAAGCGGGCCUCAGGAAUGCUUGGUUAGAAUUUACGUGUUGCGCUGCAUUGACCUGCAACCCAAAGACAACAACGGCUUGUGUGAUCCUUAUUUGAAGAUUACUCUUGGAAAGAAGACCAUUGAGGACAGAGAUAACUACAAACCAAACACCUUAAACCCUGAGUUUGGAAGGGUGUUUGAGCUGUCCUGCUUCCUGCCACAAGACAAGGACCUGAAAAUCAGUGUCUAUGACUUUGAUCUGUUAAGUCGUGACGAAAAGGUUGGGGACACGGUUAUUGACCUUGAAAAUCGCCUCCUUUCUCGAUUUAGUGCACACUGUGGUCUUUCCCAGUCAUACUGUGUCUCUGGAGUGAACCAGUGGAGGGACCAACUGAAGCCAUCUCAGAUCCUGGACAACCUCGCCAAACUGAGAGGAGUCCCGCCACCACAGAUUGCAGAAGAUGGAAGUUCACUGUCUUUUGAAGGACGUGACUACAACCUUCAGGACUUAGAGGCCAGUAAAGUGCUGCACCAGCACCUAGGUCCAGCCAAAGAGCGUAUUUGCCUGCAUGUACUGCGCAAACAGGGCCUUGUGCCUGAGCAUGUAGAAACCAGGACACUAUAUAGCUCCUUCCAGCCCACUCUCUCCCAGGGGAAAGUUCAGAUGUGGGUGGACAUAUUCCCCAAAAGCCUUGGCAGUCCUGGACCCCCAGUUGAUAUCAGUCCUCGUAAAGCUAAAAAGUACUACCUACGGGCUGUCAUUUGGAAUACCACUGAUGUCAUCCUGGAUGAAACCAGCAUUACUGGCGAAAAGAUGAGCGAUAUCUAUGUGAAGGGAUGGAUGCCAGGUAUGGAACAGGACAAACAGAAGACUGAUGUCCACUACAGGUCACUAGAUGGAGAUGGAAAUUUCAACUGGAGAUUUGUCUUUGGCUUUGACUACCUACCAGCGGAGCAGUUGUGUCUUGUAUCAAAAAAAGAGCACUUCUGGAGUCUUGACAAAACCGAGUUCAGGAUUCCUCCCAAACUGACUAUCCAGAUCUGGGACAAUGACAAAUUCUCACUGGAUGACUACUUAGGUACAGUGGAGUUAGAUUUAAAUAAUCUUAUCCCUCCAACUAAGACUUCUGAAAAGUGCAGUCUUGACAUGUUGAUACAAGGAACAAACAGGAGCAUACCUUCCAAAUCACUGUUUGCCCAGAAGUGUGUGAGAGGCUGGUGGCCCUGUGCCAUGGAGGAAGAUGGCAAGAAAGUUCUGACUGGCAAAGUGGAGAUGACUUUGGAGAUUGUGGAUGAGAAGGAGGUAGAUGAAAGGCCUGCUGGGAAAGGAAGAGAUGAACCCAACAUGAACCCCAAACUGGAUCCUCCAAACCGUCCAGAUACAUCAUUCUUAUGGUUCACAAAUCCAUGCAAAUCUCUGAAGUUUAUUGUGUGGCGCCGGUUUAAAUGCCUCUUCAUUCUAAUCAUCAUUCUUAUACUAGUGGGCCUGUUUGUAGGAAUCCUGCUGUACUCGUUGCCUAACUACAUCUCAAUGAAAAUUGUGAAGCCUUUCUGAUGGGCAGCUAAAGAACAGUCGUCAGGGUUGAGUGCCCUGGUUUUAAUACACCAGCAUGAUCACCGCAGCAUUUUUAAUAUUUGUACUUCAAGAGGAAUUAAAUAUAUAUUGUUUAAAAAAAAAUUUGCUAGCGUUUUAGCACUUUUCAUUGCACUAAUGUUCAUUACUGUUUUAGCUGUUCUAUACAAUACAUAUAUAAACGAGCAAAACAUUUUGGUUCAAGGAUUGUUCUUUUUUAUUUUAUCACAUUUUCAGUUCAUCAGUCUGUUCUGAGUAACGUCAAUUAGCUUUCCUUUAUUAAUGUACACUUCAGCAAAUCUGUACGCAUUCAACCAACAUCCAACUGUACUGUAUAUAUUUCUCAAACUGAAUGGCACAUUCCUACCAAAACCUUGAUUGAUUUUAGGAUUCUACCCAAAAUUCAACAUAUACUGUACAGUAUGCCAAGCUUCAUGUGUGGUUCAUUGAACCAAUCAUGACAAAAUGGCAUCUGGCAGAAUUCUGCAUGACGUAUACUUCAGUAUUUAUUUGCUGACUGUCAAUGUUUCAUUUCUAUGUGAGAAUUUUUGGGAUGCAAGCUGGGAUGCUUGGGUGUUUUGGAUCUUUCAACAGUAGACACUUUGUCCAAUUUACCCAAGUGAGGGUUUCCAGUCUCUUUCCAAUCUGGACCACCUGGAGAUUCUCUGUUUUGCUUUUUUUUUUUUUUUUUAAGGUUGAGGAGUUUAAACUGUAUUGCAGGACUUGAGGUUAUAAGUUCUUUGUUCGCACACUGAUUUCAGUCAGUGUUCACUGUGUUCCUGAACUUAAUACAUUUAUAUUAUUAACAAUGCAUAAAGGACUACAAUCCUCAGUCCAUUCAAAUGAGAGAUGGGGAUUUAAAGGAAAACCAAUUUGUCAGUGACGCUUGUUUAGCAAAAUAUUUCUGCAAUUGUUUGGUUAAGCACAAGACAUCCCUCUGCAAAUGGUUUGACUUGAUAUUCAUGUACACCCUACUUUUUUUUUUUUUUUUUUUGGGGGGGGGGGGGGGGGGGGGGUGAUGACAGCCCCGCAAUGAGAAAUGUAAAAAUCCUUCAUAACGCUGCUGUACCUGAUAACAUUAUUACCAAAAAUAAAAUAAUGUCUGGAAAGCA